GUGGGGGCGGAGGCAGUGUGGAUCGGCGCGGAAUCGGCGGUAUAUAUAAAGCAGAGCGAAGACAUUUUUCUCACCUCGGCUCCGCUCCUCCAUCGUGGGUUGGCUGUCCUGGUGUCCGUGUACAGAGUUGGUUUUGUGCCUAAUUGCUAAAAUGGACAAGACAGGGUCUGAAAAAACGGUUACCCGAAGGAAGUCGCGCAAUCCGAGGAGGGUGCCUCCACCUGACGCAGAAACAACCAGUGCCCCUCAAAACACGAGCCAGAGAGUGGCAGCGCCCAUCAAAAAGCGGUACCGCGCAGGAGCUCGGGCACUGAAGGAAAUACGCAAGUACCAAAACUCAUCUGCGCUGCUCAUAAAAAAGGCACCAUUUAUGCGGCUGGUGAGAGAAAUCUGCAUGGAAUUUUCCUCAGGCAAAGUACUCUCCUGGCAAAGCAAAGCUCUCAUGGCGUUACAGGAGGCAGCUGAGGCCUACUUGGUCCGUCUAUUCGAAGAUGCCACCCUGUGCACUAUCCACGCCAAGAGGGUCACUCUACAAGUCGAUGAUAUUCAGCUUGCACGGCGGAUUAGAGGGAUCCAAGAUGGGCUGGGAUAAACUGAAGCACGUUUUUAUGACCUUGAAGAUUUACAGGCUUCACCACGUUUUACAGUUCACACGUUUUUUUAUUAAAUAAGUUGAUCUGUUUGGUUGCUUUUAUUUCCCAGAUUUUAUAGUGUGUGCGAAGGUAACUUUUUGCGUACUCAUGUUACAGCAUAUGGACAUCUGCCCUAUGUGGUUCUUUGUCACUCUGACAUCAACAAUCUCCAUGAUCCUUUCAUGCUUUAUAUGCAAAUAGUUGUAUUUGUAUAGUUGACAAUAAAACUGAUUUGGUCUUUCAAAAAA